AUGAUCGGAUUACCUGAUUUAUCUCUUGAUGAAUCACUUGAUAGUACAACUUCGAAUACUGAUCGUUCAUUUUCAAUCAUUUCUUCAUCUCUUCGUCAAUACUCAUCGAGUCAUGUUAAAUAUAAUCCAUCAAAUAUACAAAUAUUGUUAAAAGAACAACCAGAAAAAUACGUGCUUGUCGACAAUUACAAAGUGAAUCAUGCAAAACUAUCUUCCUGUUGGAAUCGAUUUCCUCUUCCUUCUGUAAAAGAUGAAAAUAAUCGUAAUAUUGUUAUUAAAAAUUUUGCAACGUAUCGAUCUUGUUAUGCAACUUAUGCAUUUACAUAUGGAUCAACUAAAUCACUAAAUUCUCACAAAUGUGUCAAAGAAUCAUCUUCAAUAUCUACAUCACCUAGUCCUAAAUCACCAUCAUUGAAUUCGAAAAUAAAUCGAUUUUCGUCUGAAAAGAAAAAGACGUUAACAUCGUUAAUUGCACUAUGGAUAUGUCAAAAUAUCCGUCCUAUCAGCAUUGUUGAAGAUGAAGGUUUUUUAAAUAUUAU